GGCUGCAGACACACCAGGGUUCACUGCUGUAAAUAUGCCUCUUGGAUUUGUGGGAUUCAAAUUAUUUAUUGUGGUUUUUGCAGGAACGUUCCUCCUGUCCAGCGGCAGCACAGAGGAGCUUCCAUCCCAGAGCGGGUCGUCUCAUCUGAAGCCCACGGUCCUCAUCACCAUCCUCGCACGAAAUGUUCAGCACAGCCUCCCUUACUUUUUGGGAUGUAUCGACAGGUUGGACUACCCGAAGGAUCGCAUCUCAAUCUGGGCGGCCUCGGACCACAGUUUGGACAACAGCACGGAGAUGCUUCAGGAGUGGCUGAGAGGAGUUCAACACCUGUACCACUCAGUGGAGUGGAGACCGGCAGAGCGGCCCAGUUCCUAUGCAGAGGAGGCGGGUCCAAAGCACUGGCCCAACGCUCGUUUCACUCAGGUGAUGAAGCUGAAGCAGGCGGCACUCAGGUCGGCCAGAAGAAUGUGGGCCGACUACAUACUGUUUGUGGACAGUGAUAACCUGCUGUCCAACCGUCUGGUGCUGUCUCACAUGAUGGCAGAGAAUCGGACGAUCGUGGCUCCGAUGUUGGAAUCCAGGAGUCUUUAUUCGAACUUCUGGUGCGGCAUGACUGCUCAGGGUUACUACAGGCGAACCCCAGAGUACAUCCCCAUCCGAGACUGGAAGCGUCAGGGCUGCUUCCCCGUCCCCAUGGUUCACUCCACCUUCCUUCUGGACCUGAGACGCAGCGCAAGCCGGGCCUUGACCUUUCACCCCCCUCACCCAGACUACGCCUACCAUCUGGAUGACAUCAUGGUCUUUGCCUUUUCUGCAAAGCAAGCAGAGGUUCAGAUGUAUGUGUGCAACAAGGAGCAUUAUGGGUAUUUACCGGUGCCGCUUAGACAGCAUCAAACCAUGGAGGAUGAGGAGGAGAGCUUUGUGCACACCCUCACAGAGGCAAUGAUUGACUUCACCUUGGAGCCUUCGCAGUAUCUGCACCCUGCACCGAAACAACCGGGAAAGAUGGGCUUUGAUGAGAUCUACCUGAUCAACCUGAAGCGCCGUUCAGACCGACGGCAGAGGAUGCUCCGAACUCUGGCCGUCCUCGGCAUCAACGCCACAUUCACAGAAGCCGUGGAUGGCAAAGCCUUGAACUCCUCUCAGCUGCAGGCUUUGGGGAUCGACAUGCUGCCCGGGUACACAGACCCGUAUUCAGAGCGUGUCCUGACCAGAGGGGAGAUCGGAUGCUUCCUCAGCCAUUACAACAUCUGGAAACAGGUGGUGCAGCAGGAACUGCAGCAGGUGCUUGUUCUGGAGGAUGAUGUGAGGUUCGAGCCCAGGUUUGGCAGGAGGCUUAUGAGCAUCAUGGAGGAUGUGCACAGAGAAAGACUGGACUGGGAUCUCAUUUACGUAGGCCGCAAACGGCUGCAGGUGAAGAAGCCAGAGCUGUGGGUGAAGGGCUUCAAGAACCUGGUGCAUGCUGGGUACUCCUACUGGACUCUGGGUUAUGUCCUGUCGCUAAAAGGAGCCAAGAAGCUCCUGGAGGCCAAACCUCUGAACAAAAUGCUGCCUGUUGAUGAGUUCCUUCCAAUUAUGUUCAACAAACACCCCAAUGCUGAGUACUUGCACUACUUCGAGCCCAGGGACCUGCAGGCCUUUUCGGUGGAGCCUCUGUUACUGUUUCCCACACACUACACCGGUGAGCCCGGAUACUUCAGCGACACGGAGACCUCCACCAUCUGGGACGACGAGGCCGUGGAGACAGACUGGGACAGAGGAGGCACCAAACAUCAGCCACAAGAGCCAGGAAGUGGAGAAACAGGGCCUGGACCUGCGGACCCUCGGUCUGCUGGGGGUCAAGUGUCAUCCUUUGUAUCCAACGGCAACAGAGAUGAACUUUGAGGGACACUGAGCACACACAGUCAGUGAUGUCAACCAUAA